AGUACAAAAUAUGAGGAAGUGAGUGUGGGUAGCUGUGAAAGUGAAAGUAGAGCAGAAAGUAGGGCUUUGUGUUCAGACUGUGUUUGUUUUUCAUCUUCGCAACACAGUCCUUCUUCGGGCAGGCCGAGCUACAGUGUAGCAAGAAGCAGGGAGACAGAGAGCCAAAAAACGUUAAGCAGGAUCGACAGGCCAUAAGGGGCUGCUGAAGCCAGUCAGGAAAGGAGGGGGGAGCUGCAGACAGGCAGGCCGUGAGAGAAUAAGUUAAUGUUCACCACGCAGAUCUACAGCUAAACAGCGGGGGAGGUAAGAGGAAAACAAAAGACGAGACAAAGGAAAAACAAGAAACUAGACCAAAACAGCAGGUGAAUCCCAGGAGAGAGGAGGCAGAAUUUAAGAGAAAACACUAGCAUUGCACAGAGGGGGAGGUACACAGGAUUCACAGCAACAGAGGGAUGAGAAAACAAGCUGGAAGGCAGCAGUGUUGACAGCAACAGUCACUAUAGAAGAAAAAGCAAGAGAGUAAAUGUGUAAAUGUGAUAAAAACAAAGGGACAGAUACUUGAAAGCAGGUAGACACUUCACACACACACACACAGGCUAGUUUUCCGCGUGGGUGACAGUAACUCAAUAUUUACAAGCAGCAGAGUCAAUUGAAUUAUCCAGUUUAGCCAGAGAGCAGCUGAGGUUAUUCACAGGGCAGAUAUACCUGUAGACAAUACCAUGGAAACUGGAAAUCAGUCAGGACAGGAGGAUUUGCCCAGCGAUGGAACCUGCGAUGCCUGUGAGCCUGAUGAACCACAGCAGGCUGUGAAGUUCUGCCAGGACUGCAACUUUGCAUUCUGCGCAGUGCAUGCUGACAAACACCAUAAGAGCAGCCGCCACCAGCUACAGGACUGGGGUUCUACAGGACAGGGCGAGGAAAUAGCACCAGGGACAGGGGAGGCAGUGGGGAAGCCAGAGAGCCCAGAGGGGGAAGCUGAUGUAGAUGAGGGGGAGGAGGGAGCAGUUGGCGUGAGUGCAGAAGCUGCAGCCUCUCCCAGUAGGGUGGCAGAGGAGACUGUGAAGGAUGUUAUUACCAAAGCCAGGAACACUGCCACUGUGGAGAGGCUGCGGUGUACAGAGCAUGGCCAGGAGGGGACUCUGUACUGUAAACCAGACGAGAAAAUCAUCUGCGUGAUGUGUGCCGUACAGGGGGCUCACCGGGAGCACCAGAUCAUCACUCUGAGGGAGGCGUACCUGGCUUUUAAAGAGAAAGAAGCAGCGGAUCUGCUAGGGGCCACAAUGCAAAUGGCAGAAAACAUAAAGGUGAAAUGGACUGAUCCUAAUAUGGGGACAGAGGAGCUGCAGGCCUUCGUUCAUGGGCAGUUUGAUGAACUGCAUCGGCUGGUGCUGCUGGAGGAGAAGCGUGCACUGCACCUUGUCGACCUGAAGGAGGCGGUAGCAAUAUCUCAGACGGCCGAGAAGAUGGCGGAGAUCAGUGCCGAGACAGAGAAGCUGAAAGAAGAGAUGGCUGACAUCACCAAGAAGCUCAGUGCCAUUGACCACGGGGAAGAACCUAACCCUGCAGAUAUGAUGACAACGCUGAGGAAGGAGUCACGGCGUGACCCCCCAGGCAGCGCAGGGUCAGCAUCAAACCACGCCCCCUAACACAGAGCCACGCCCUCCUCUGUGCCCUGGAGCUGCAGAUUCUUAAACCUUUAAGGAAUACUCUCUGAAUUGUAAAGGGUUAUUUAAUAUUGUUUACACAAGCGUUGAGAGAUCUAGCAUGGAAUAACCUUUUUAAAUUCGAUGCUGCUCAGUGAAUAUUUCUUUUCAAUUUGGAAUCUGUCUUUAGUCAUUCAUUCUAAUCCAAUGACGGGCAUUCUCACUGUUCCAAAUUACAUCGCUUUGCUAAGCAGAUGUGGAGCUUCACCUAAGAAAAGUCAUUUUCUCUAGCUUAUAUCAUACUUGUUAAAUAAACGUUUAACCUCUUUGGGGGCUUGUGGGCUAUUCUGCUGUCCUCAUUUUUGUAAUUCCUGUAUUAUUCUAUGAAUGUUCAUUGUGUAUCCAGGGCCGGAUUAACCCAUCGCUGGGCCCUAGGCAAGCAUACACUUGCAGGCCCCCUACCCCUGAACAAACAGCCGCACACAUAUACACACACCUCUAUAUACAUUACAGCCUUUAUAACAAGCACUCCACCCUUUCACAACAGGUAGAAUUCUCAGUUUGAAGUUAUUAUGAAUGACUGGAUGAAUCUGACAGAAAAUUUAACUGUAGGGGGUAUGCUAAAUACAUUUCAGAAUAAAACCGGAAGAAACGGAAUCCUGCGUUAAAUCCUGUAGCACAGCUCGACAACGACUUUUCCUGAUUUACUGAAUAAAAAGGCAACAGUUCAAACAAACAAUGAAUACCAUAUGAAGUUGAAAAAGGUAAUAUGAAGGGUGCUCAAACUUUUUUUCACUAACUGUAGCUCCACAAUAGUCCACAAAAAUAAAUCGUAAAACACAAACAUGCCUGUACAUUGUUGUGUAGACAAAUACUUUACAGUUUACUGCAUGCAAAAUCGUCAAUGUUUCCUUGUUUUUUUGUUGAUCGGGUGGGUUUUGCUUCAUUAAAGAAAAUGCCCUUUUCUCAAGAGCAGAGAAAUCGCCAAUGUGUUGGCAUACAAGUAAAUUCAGGUGUUACAUAUGGUAGAUGUCUGUACCCUAUAGAAUUCUGUACCCUUGAUGAUUCCACACCGACACACCUGCGCGUGUGGUGCUUUCUGUGCCCCCCUGUAAUUGGUUGUUGUUUGUCUGUGUGCGGCUGAGGACCAAUGGGAUGUGUGUAAGCUCUGGUACCCGAUUAGAAUAAAGGGGCAGAGCUACAUUAUAUAAGGACGCUUCGCUGCCAAAUGUGUUGUUGAUGUUCUGAAAGCUGAUUGCUGUAUUUAAAUCCUGUAUUGUAUCCAGUGUUGCUGACCGAGCUGUGGACUCGGGACCGGGUGCUGUGAGAGUGUCCAGUGGUGCUGUAACAGAGAGGUCGACUCUGGUGUUGGAGGUCGUGAGAGUGUCCACUUUGCCACAGUUACCUAUAUGCAUCCAUAUAUUGAUGUACAUAUAUUCUUAAUAAGUUUUUAACUUAACGCCUACAUUUGAAUUCAUAUUUUUCAGACACCAGAAACAUUUUUGUAAAUAGCAUAAAAUCACUUUCUGCUUGAGGCUGCAUUUUAAACUGUACACGAAAACCUGUAACGCGUAUAUCAAACACCCACAGGUCAAAUAAGAUACAAGAUAGCUUAGUUACACAAGACACAAUUAAAGCUAGCAUCUCAUUGUAACAUAUUACUAAGGAACAACCCUUGAAUAAAUAUUAGAUUUUUUAUCAGUUACUACAAUACUUUGUGCUUAAGAAUGAUGGCAGGGAAAGGUAAGCCUCCAUUGUCUCUUGUUUAACUAAGCCAUUGAAUUCAGGUUUAUUCUUUAAUUUGUCCCUUUUUAGGCAUGUUUAAAGGGCUGCUACUUGGCUUUAUGUACGUUUCAUAUUUUGAUCACAUAGUAUACAAAAGAAGCCCUGCUGCUUUGACCACAGCCUGCAUCAAGUAAAUACCCAUAAUAGUCAUCCUUCAAAAAAUAAAAUGCUGCACAUACCUUUCUACAGCACAUAUAAAAACCCCAUCCCCCAACCCGAAAGCAAUGGUACAUCCUGUCAGGUGUGGUAGACAUGUCUGGGUUAUGCAUUCUCCAGUGCUGGGCUGAACAGUGACUGUAUUUUGAAUUGUUAUUAUUUCAUUGAUCUAAAUGCAUACUCAUAUUUUAUUAAAUGUCCAGUUUGAACACA